AUGUCAGAUCAAGAUCACUCUAAAAAUUAUCAUCAUUUUCUGUUGAAAAACACCAUCAGAAAUUUAACACACUGUUUUUCUUUAGCCCCUCCAUUAACACCAUUUGGACUGCGCAAGCAUUCAAAAAAUUGGAAACAAAUCACCAUUGUGUGGGAGACUGUGGCGGGAAAAAUCACUGGCUACGAACUAUUAGUCAUAUAUCCAAACAACCUCAAUAAAACAUUCUUUGUAGCGCCAAGUCAUCCUCUUGUAUCAAUUCAUGGUUUAGCUGCGAGUACAACAUAUGGUUUCGCAGUUCGCUCAAAAUCGCAUGCUGGUUAUAGCGAGUAUUCAAAGAUCGUAUAUGUCUCCACAAGAACGCAUGGUCUUCCAAAAAUACCACAUGGAUUGCGUUACACUCAAAAAGAUGUUGAUUUCAUUACUAUAACUUGGAACAAUGUAAAAGAUGCUUCAAGUUAUGACCUUGAAAUGUUUACUCCUGACAGGAACGCAACUGAGUAUUUCAUAGCAUUUCGAAGGUUACCUCAAAUCACUGUUAAAGGACUAACAAACAACACGUUGUAUCGCUUCAAAGUUCGAGCAAGGUCGACUUUUGGUACAGGCAACUUUAGCGAAGCGAUAGUGGCACGAACACUUCCCAUUGGUAAACCUGGUGCACCGACGAAGAUUGCGGCUGUUGUUAGUGGGUUUGAUGUCUCCAUUACAUGGCAUCACCCAACUUAUCGAAAAAAUUCUCAGAUCUUUCAAUUAUACUACAUGGUAUUAUUAUGUGUUCUGGAACCUGUUAAUGCGAUAGUAUUGGUCAAUAAAACAGUAACUGUCACAGUUCAACCAAUCACGUUUCAACAGGAGGGCAAUUCGUCAAUCAAAGUUUCUGCGCAACAGCAUAUCACUGCUGGAGGUGUCGAGAAAAAGAAUGUGACAGUACAAACACGCAGGGAACUGUUGAUGUACAAAGAACGCAAAUGUGUGAAAAGUAAGAAGUUGAGAUAUACGCGGUACAAAUUUACCAAGUUAAACCCCGCUACAACGUAUCGAUACACUGUUACAACGUUUGGUCGAAACGAUAUCGAAGGUGGAUCGGUUACCGGGAAUUUUACGAUUGCAAUGUUUACAACUUUGCCGCCUACCCACAAUCCGCUGCCAAAAGAAGAGUUCAGUGGUAUAUUGGUAUUCGCGAUUGUUAGUGGUUUUCUUAUCAUUCUUUUGGUGAUCGUCUUUGCGUUUGCAUAUUUUUGUAAAUGGAAGUUUCUCAUGGAUGCUGUGGAAGAACAUUAUUUAUCAAAACAAAACAACGCAAAAAAUACUCCUUUAAAAGGAUCUUCUACUAAUCCAGAAGUGAUAAUUGAUUCCUAUGAUAAACUAUGACGAAAAGCGAGAUAUUAUUAUUUUUUGAAGUUUUUAUAAAUAUAUUUUCAAUGUACAGAUUUUAUUUGGCUGUUUUUGGCUGCCCUUGUUUUUCCUACCGUAAUAGUUUGUUUGUUUUGUUUUUAUUUUUUAUUUUGUUUGUUUGUUUAAUUACUUUUUUGGUUUUCGCUUUUUGCUUUUUGUUUGUCCAUUGUGGUCUUUUUUUGUAUAUUAUAGUCGUCUUCCUUUUUGAAUUUUGAAUAUUUUCUUUUAUCCUUUUUUUAAUUUUUUUAUCUAACUCCUCUAAUUAUUUUUAUCCAUAUAAUGGAAAAUUAUUUUUUUUCACAGUAAUGUAUGAAAUUGUAUUCUUAAAGAAGUUACCUGUAAAUACACAAUUUUUCUGUCAAAAAUGACAGUUUUGAUAAACUUUAUAUAUUUAUGUCAUAUAUG